AUGGGUGAUGCAAACGGUGUCGCCGCUGAGGCGGAGCGCUUCGCUAUCGGUAUCUCUUUCGGCAACACAUCCAGCUCAAUUGCCCGUAUCUCACCGGAGGGCAAGGCUGAGGUUAUUGCCAACGAGGAGGGUGACCGACAAAUUCCUUCUAUCCUCUCCUACAUCGAGGGCGAGGAGUACCACGGUACCCAGGCUAAGGCCCAGCUCAUCCGAAACUCUACCAACACUGUCGCAUACUUCCGUGAUUUCCUGGGCAAGGAAUUCAAGUCCAUCGACCCUACCCCAUGCCACGCCUCCGCCCACCCCCAGCAGAGCGAGUCGACUGUGGCCUUCAACAUCCGUGACACUCCCAGCGAGACCCGCAACAACAUCACCGUCUCCGAGAUUACCGUCCGUCACCUCCGUCGCUUGAAGCAGUCUGCUUCCGAUUACCUCGGCAAGGAGGUUAACGCCGCUGUCAUUACCGUUCCCACCGACUUCACCGAUGCCCAGCGUGAGGCCCUCGUUGCCGCCGCCAAGGAGGCUGGUCUCGAUGUCCUUCAGCUCAUCGCUGAGCCCGUCGCCGCCGUUAUGGCGUACGAUGCUCGCCCCGAGGCCACUGUCACUGACAAGCUGGUCGUUGUUGCUGACUUGGGUGGUACUCGUUCCGAUGUGGCCGUUGUUGCUAGCCGCGGUGGCAUGUACACCAUUCUGGCUACUGCUCACGACUACGAGCUGGGCGGUGCUUCCCUGGACCAGGUCAUCAUUGACCACUUCUCCAAGGAGUUCUUCAAGAUGCACAAGGUCGACCCCCGCAAGGAUCCUCGUGGUCUGGCUAAGCUCAAGUUGGAGGGUGAGGGCACUCGCAAGGCUUUGAGUCUGAGUGCCAACGCUCAGCUGAGCAUUGAGUCUCUGGCUGCCGGUGUUGACUACAGUGCCACCGUCAACCGUACCCGCUAUGAGCUUCUCUCCAACAAGGUCUUCACCCAGUUCACCGACCUAAUCCAGCAGGUUGUCAAGAAGGCCGAGCUUGAUGUCCUUGACAUCGACGAGGUCAUCUUCUCCGGUGGUGCCUCCCACACCCCCAAAAUUGCCCAGCUGGCCAAGAACAUCUUCCCCGAGACCACCAACAUCCUGGCUCCCUCCACUUCCACCACUGCCAUCAACCCCUCCGAGCUGUCUGCCCGUGGUGCUGCUGUCCAGGCUUCUCUGGUCCAGGAAUUCGAGCAUGAAGAUAUUGAGCAGUCUAUCCACCCUAUGGUCACUGUGACCCCUCACCUGACCAAGGCCAUCGGUGUUGAGUUCACCUCCACCACCGAUGUUACCUUCCAGCCCCUUAUCGCCUCCGAGACCGCUCUCCCUGCCCGCCGCAUUGCCCAGUACUCCGUCUCCAAGGAGGGUGGUGAUGUCCUGGUUCGUGUCUGCGAGGGUGCCCGCGAGAUCAAGGUUACCAAGCCUGAGCCCAAGGCCAAGGAGGAGAAGCCCGCUGAUGACUCCGACUCUGACUUCUCCGAUGACGAGGAGGAAGAUAUCCGGGAGAUUGUUUGGAAGACCGAGAAGCCUGUUGCCGAGCUUGCUGUCAAGGGUGUUAAGGCCGGCGGCAAGGUCGAGGUUAUGGUCCACGUUAACCCUGACCUUGGUCUCCAGAUUGCCGUCCGCGAGGUCGGUGGCCAGACCGCCGUCCGUGGCGCCAUCAACGGCUCUGCUUAA